AUGAAAAAACCUGCCUCUAGAAAUGUGCGUGGGAGAAGUCCUGCUUGCUCGGUUUGUAAGAGUCUGGGGCACCGCAUCGAAAAAUGUCCUCACCCUGCUGCAAAAGAGAUCCUCAAGCUGCGCAAAGAAAAUUCUGUCUUGAAGAAACAAUCGAAGAGAAAGGUUUUGAGACAAGAAAAAAAAUGGCGAAAGGCUCCCAAGUUGGACAAGGAAUACCGAAAGAAAGCUUCUGCCUUAUACAAAGGCAAGCCUGCUGCAAGAUUGCCUUCACCAGCGGAGAUUCGUCGAAAACAGAAGCAUGCCUUGGAUGUGUCUUUGAACCUUCCCACCACAGAGAACACAGCAGCUUCGUGGCUCUUGGACCGCCAGUGGAUCCGUUCCCCGACCGUUUGCUCUGAAUGUGAUCGACAUGUAUUUUCCGACUUGGUGUGGUCGCAAGACAGACCUCCACACUGGAGAUGCAAGCACUGCGGAGUUCGGGUCAAGAUCUAUGACUUAAGCAUUUUUACAGGUCUUCGUGUCUCUCCCUGCGAAUUGGUCAAGCUCAUUGGUCUCUACGUUAGCUCCAAUCUGGCUCACUAUCCUUCUGUUCCAGACUUUGUGCAGGCCAGCACCCAUGGUCGAAGUUGUGUGGAACACUUCUUGGCAGCUCUUAGAAUGUUGGAAAGCACGGCAGGGAAAAACUUCAGCCAGACUUGUCCUUUGCGUGGCUCCGUGGAGGUGGAUGGCUCCUUCAUCGCCAAAUUUCACAUGUCUGCUAACAAUUUGUGGCAUGCAGACCAAAUUCAGAAGACUAACCAGUCUUGUCAACGUAAAGGUCAACGACUUCCGAAAUCGUUUGUUGGCCAUAUUAUGGUUCUGGGAGCACAGGUGCGAGGAAACUCGUCAGCUGCGAUAUAUGUGCCUCGACCCCAUGUCACAGCUGUGGAACAGCGUCCGGUCACUGAGACGUUGGCGCAAGUGGAAGCUUCCGGUUUUUUGGAUCGCAUCACUCGACGCAGUGUUGUCAAUGCUGAUGGCAACAAAGCCUGGAAGUCAGCAGCAGCAAGCCGUGGACUCCCUUUCCAGAAUGUGAUCCACCAAGUCAAGAAUUUCACAUCGGAUUGCCCCAAAGUUUGGCCAGAAGUUUCCACUGUAGCAGGGACGCAGACGCUCGAUCGAUCAUGGCGGAGUCUAAAGACGUUUCUGCCAAAAGGGACGACUGUGAAACAGAAAAUCCAAGGACAUAGUUGCAUGCACCCAAGUGUUCCGCAAUACAUGUACAUGUGGGCUUGGAGACAAAGUCUCGGGAAUGUGAGUCCGAACGAAUUCUUGGAACACUUGGAAGACCUGCUGCCGCAGGAUUGA